AUGUCUCUUGACCCGCCGGCUUACAUCCUGUCGCUCCAGAACAACAUCAGGGCGCGACCAAUCUCAUGGGAAGGAGCCGUUAGAGCAAAGACAAUCACCGACCAGGACCUCAAGAAGAUCAAGUCGAUAGACAAGGUCCGCAAGGAACAGCGCAGACAGACGGUCGAGUCGGAUCCCGCCAGCUAUGCCGCCCUGGUCUUGGGUUCCGACGACGGCGUCAGCAUCUUCCAAUCUGCAGCCAAGCGCUCCGACAUUGUUCAGUACAUGCUGGUCCUGACUGGCGACCUUAUCGAGGACAUGCCAUCCUUUGUAGCCAAGCUCCUCGAACACUCCGACCCUUACGCUCCCUUCGUGCCGCUCCUCAAGCAGACGGCCAAUCCCGAAGACCCCAUUCCGCUACUCGCAUCGUGUGUCUUGUCAAGUCUCCUCUCUCACGGCCUUGUGGCCAGCGGUCCCCAGUCUGAACAAAUCGACAAAGCCUUGCCCAAGCUAUACUCGUACAUCUCAACUCUGGCAAGAAGGUCUGACAGCAACCUCCAAGACAUUGCUGUGCAAGAAUACUCGGCAGUCUUGCGUACUGCCAAAUCUCGUCAGCUGUUCUGGGAGCAACGAAACGACACCGUUACUCCUCUGUUCAACAUUCUGACCAACGCAACCGGAGGUGGCAUGAGAGACACCGAGUCAACCUUGAUCAGCGGUGGAAGCAUUCGCAGCAUUGCCGAUUCUCAGAUCAUCAACAACGUCGGCUUACAGCUUCUGUACCACGUCCUGCUUGUCAUCUGGCAAUUGAGUUUCGAGGGCAAGCUGGUCGGUCGUGGUCUUGAUGAGGAGCACGACAUUAUUGUCCUCUACGCCGCACUUCUUCGCAUUUCGCCCAAGGAAAAGACAACUAGACUUCUCCUCGCUACCCUCACAAAUCUUCUUUCAACCAACCGCGAUACCCUUAUGCCCGCCGUUAUUCCUGCUCGCCUCCCCGCCAUCCUCCAAAACUUGCAAGGUCGCCAUCUCAACGAUGCCGAUCUCCUCGAGGAUCUGAAAGCUCUCCAAUCAAUGGUUGAAGAGUUCCAAAAGACACAGACAACUUUCUCAGAAUACGCUGCAGAGGUCAACUCUGGCCAUCUCCGGUGGUCGCCACCCCAUCGCAACCAGGCCUUCUGGAGUGAGAACGCCCGCAAGAUCCUCGAGGACAACAAGGGUGAGUUGGCCAAGAAGCUCGCCGAGAUUCUGUCAAAGUCCUGGGACAACGACAAGCAGGUGCUAGCUAUUGGCUGCAACGAUGUCGCAUGUCUUGUCAAGGAAGUGCCUGAGAAGAGACAACAGAUGGAGAAGCUUGGUCUGAAGGCUCGUGUCAUGGAGCUUAUGCAGCACAGCGACGAAUCCGUGCGCUGGGAGAGUUUGAGAGCAGUCGGCGAGUGGCUCAGGUAUUCCUUUGAGAAAUAG